AUGCGUCUCACCCAUCUCGUCACACUCAGCCUCCUAGGUCUAUCAACCGCAUCCGUAAUCAACCCCCAAGCCCGCAGCUCUUCAGCGACAGUCGCCAUCUCGACACUAAAUCACACCACAUCCGAAUCCGCUUCAUCUCUCCAGACCAGUCCAAACUCGCCUGAUUUACCCUCGAUGGCCCGCGUCGAGCCAUCACCACCACCUUCUCCUCCUCCACCAAGUCCUCCUCCUGCCAACAACAACGCAGCCAUCAUCGACGACGACGUCAACAUGACCGAUUUCGACGACGAUGAAGACCAAAACGAGAAUACACAACACCACGGCGGUCACGGUGGCCACGGGGGACAUGGCAGGGCGCACAGUAUGAGUACUAGCAGCCACACGGGUACGAGUAGUGGCGGUGAUGGGAGUUGA